AUGUCCUUCUUGUAUAGAUGGAUCAGCCCUCUAUAUGAUGCCUUCUUCUGCCCUUCCCUACCAUUCACAAUACGCUGGCGUCUCAUCGCCUUCCAACCGCUCCUCUUCCUAACAAACACGAUCCAAUACUUCCAGGGAACCACCUUACUUUCGCAGAAUGAGACCGUCAUAUGGAUCCCAUUAAGUCGUUCUCCAGGCUACUCAGUUCGUGCCAUAAUCUAUCAUCCACCUAGACAAGAGUCGCGCUCAGAGAAAAAACCGCUCCAUCUCAACAUUCACGGCGGUGGCUUUCUCGGUGGUCUACCAGAAGGCAACGCGCCUUUCUGUCGCAAAGUCUCAGCGGAAACCGGAGCAGUUGUUGUCUCCACCUCGUAUCGAUAUGCCCCACGCUAUACAUUCCCAGUCGCGCAUGUGGAUGUGCAAGAUGUCGCGGGCUGGCUGAUUAAAAAUGCGGAUAGACUUUGGGGUGCGGAUCCGAGGCUGAUGAGUGUGAGUGGAUUUUCAGUUGGAGGGAAUCUUGCACUGGGCAUUGCGCAACGAUUGUUUCGUACGGAGUUCAGGGUCAAAGCAGCUGUGCUGUUCUAUACACCGCUGAUCAGAGGCCUGGUAUACAAGGUUGAUUUCCGUUUACCACCAUGGGACAAGCCGAAGCCGGCUGGGUUUCCAGCCAAGGAUCCUUUAUCUUUCAUAUUACCGCUCAUGGAUGCCUAUGCUGGUCCAGAGAGGGCCGAGAACAUGGACUAUCCCUUACUACAUCCUAUAUUCGCCUAUAUCGAAUCCCUGCCACGCAAAAUGCUGAUUAUUGGAGGAAAGGUCGACAUUCUCCUCCACGAGGAGAUGGCCUUCGUUAAAAGGUUAGAGGAGGAGGCUGAAAUUAUUAACCAGAGAAUCAAAUCCUCGCCCGGCGCAAAAGGACGCUCACUGGAUGAAACCUACCACAUUGAGAGCGAAUUCGUUGAUAAUCAGAUACAUGGAUGGCUUGAGCUUCCCUCAAAGUUCAUUGACGCCAAAUUGAGGGAUAGAAUCUUCAAUGAUGCCGUCCAUUUUCUGAAUAACGUCUAUAAUGAAUCUAUCUAA